AUGUUGCUACAACAAUCCGUGAGACGAUCAGCUACAACCUUAAUGUCAGGCAUUGCGAAACGCAAUCUGGGCACUCUAAUUUCGACCAAAGAGCUUGCAACGUCCCUUGACGCGGUCAAACUACUGGACGGCUCUUGGCAUAUGCCUAACACCAACAGGGAUCCUUAUCAAGAAUAUAUUCAACAGCAUAUUCCAGGUGCUCGAUUCUUUGGUAUUGACGAGAUCAAGGACACGACUGUUGACUUGCCGCAUAUGCUUCCUGCUCCUGAUGCGUUUGCUGCUGCAGUUGGAAAAUUGGGUAUCAGCGAACAAGAUCAUGUUGUCGUAUAUGAUUCCGUUGGGCUGUUUUCGGCACCUCGUGUGUACUGGACCUUCAAGGCCUUUGGACAUGAAAAUGUAUCAGUAUUGAAUGGAGGGCUACCCAAAUGGAUCAAGGAUGGUUAUCCAACCGAAUCUGUUGAGCCAAAGUUUGAGCCUGCAACGUACAAAGUGCCUGAAAUCAAUCGAAACCUUGUAUGGGAUUAUGAUGCCGUUCUGGGAAAUGCUCGUCAACAGGGCAAAGUCGCUCAAGUAUUGGAUGCUCGACCACAAGCACGCUUCACUGGACAAGUACCAGAACCACGUCCGGGGUUGAGCUCUGGCCAUAUGCCUGGUUCCAUUUCUCUUCCAUUUGACAAGUUGAUCGAAGAUGGUUCUUUGAUGGAUCAAGAAAAGCUCCGCCAAGUUUUUCAAUCAGCCAAUGUUGAUUUGGAGAAGCCUAUUGUUGCAAGCUGUGGUAGUGGAAUUACGGCAUCGAUUUUGUAUUUUGCACUUGAACAAAUAGGUGCUAAGAAUAUCGCAGUUUACGAUGGUAGUUGGACAGAAUAUGCUGGCAAAAAGGAUAGCAUAAUUAUUAAGGAUCAAUAA